AUGUCUCUGCGUCCGUCCACUGCUCCUCUGCGUGUCCCUUUGCCUUCUCCUCCUGAAUCCUCUCUUCCUUCUCUUGCUGACCCGGAGUCGGACUCUCUUCGUGCUGCCACUCCUACUGUCACGCGUCUCCUUGCUACUGUCGUCACUGACCCCUCUUUUGAGUCCAUUGCUGCGUCUGCCCUUUGUGCUCUUGGCACGGACGUCCUUGAGGACAGGCAGGAGGAGUUUCACUGUCUAGCUGCUGCUUCACCCCAUCUCGUGUCCGUACUGCUUACCCCUGAGGGAGACCCGGAUGCACUUGACAUCCCGACUCCGCGCUCUUACGCAGAGGCCGUAGAGGGUCCCUACUCCUCUCAGUGGCAGGCAGCUAUGGAUGCAGAGAUGGCUUCCUGGAAUUCCACAGGCACCUACGUUGACGCGGUUCCCCCACCUGGGGCAAACAUCGUCAGUGGCAUGUGGAUCUUCAGGGUGAAGCGGCCGCCAGGUUCUACACCUAUCUUCAAGGCGCGGUACAUGGCUCGUGGCUUCAGUCAGUGGCAGGGAGUUGACUACUUUCAAACCUUCUUUCCCACCCCAAAGAUGACCACUCUUCAGGUGCUGCUGCACAUAGCCGCUCAACUCUACGGUCUCCGCCAGGCAGCGCGUGAGUGGCACGACACACUGAGGACUACGCUUGCGGCUCUUGGGUUUGCUCCCUCUACUGCCGACCCGUCGCUGUUUCUACGCACCGACACUACUUUGCCGCCAUUCUACAUCCUCGUGUACGUCGACGACUUGGUCUUUGCCACUGGUGAUACUGCUGGACUCGCCCACGUGAAGUCCGAGCUGCAGAAGAGACACAUGUGCACAGACCUGGGUGAAUUGCGCAGCUACCUUGGCUUGCAGAUCACCCAGGACAGAGCACGCCGCACCAUUACUCUGACUUAG